UGUUCCAGCCCAGCUAUAGAUUGGAAACAAACACAAAUGAAAUAAAUAAAAACGUUUGUACCGCAGCAGAAAGAACUUCACCGAGAUGAACUGGGUGUAAACAGAAACAAAGAACUUCCGGUCCGCUCUCGGAAUCCAUCGUUUAUUCUUAGGAUAAUUAAAAAACCGCUCUACGACGCAGAUUCCGCGUAUUUGUUACCUGUCGUCCUCAAACCGGGUGAGUACCAUUUAUUUUAUUAUGAUUAUUUUUUUUAUUUUCGUGCAUUUUUUUUAUUUUCAAUGCAGUUGUAUUGAAUCGAUGCAUGUCCUGCAUAAUUAAUGCCACACACAUUUCCACAUAGAUCCAGUAUGACAGGAACUCCAGACCAUAAACAAGACGAAGAGUCUUUCAGAGAUGGAGUGGUUCGAUUCCAGAGCUACUUGCAUGGAGGGACGUCCAGCCUGCUGUCCACCAUUCCCACCCUCAUCGUCUUCCCUGUGUACAAGACUGUUUUCCGUCAACAAAUCCACAACAACCCUCUCCAUCAGGUCGUGGCACAGCUCUACAAAGAAGGACCCGUGAAGCUGUACAGGGGCGUGGCCCCACCAUUACUGAUGAGGACCCUGAAUGGCACCUUGCUGUUCGGGUUGCAGGACACAAUCCUGCGCCACCUUUCCACAUCAUCCCAGCAGGUGUUCCCCACCGCUGCCCUACCAGCUCUGGCUGGGUUUGGUGCAGGUAUUGUGGAGGCGGUGGUCUUCACCCCCUUUGAGCGGGUCCAAAAUGUGUUGCAGAACAGCCAGAAUGACCGCCACCUGCCCACUCUGAAGAGUGUCCUGCAGACACUGAAGACCCAGAGGCCAGCCUCGGGUUACUACAGAGCCUUUCUGCCCAUCACGGCCCGCAACGCUCUGGGCAGCUCUCUCUACUUUGGCCUGAAGGGUCCUGUGUGUGCUCUGGUGGCAGUGGAGGGUCUCUCUCCAACGGCCUCGUCCUUUGCGUCAGGGACGCUGACCUCCAUGUUGAUCAGCCUGACUCUGUAUCCACUGUCUGUGCUUGUUGCAAACAUGCAGGCACAGGUCGGGGGAGAAGCGAAGGGUGUGAUGGAUUGUUGGAGGACGUUGUGGAGGUCUCGGCAGAGGAGCGUGGCUCUGCUGUACAGAGGAGGUUCCCUCGUUAUUUUGAGAUCUUGCAUCACGUGGGGAAUUGCAACCGCUAUCUAUGACAGACAGGAGAAACGCUCAAGCUGAGGAAAUGAAGAUACAUUUCUUGAAUGCUUACAAACUGUCAGGUUAGAAAAGUAUCUUUUUAUUUUUCAAUUAUAAUCAUAACUGCAAAAAAAACAAAAAAACCCUAAGGUAUAAUUUUAGUAGUACCCCGUGUCCAGGUGCUUUAAAAUGUCAGCAGGAGACUGGCCUAAAUAACAUAAUAAUAAUGGCACAGUCCUAUUCAUUUUUGAUUAAACAAAAUGAUCAAAGAUUAUAAAUACCAAGUGUCACUAUAGGAAAUAUGAAACAUUCUAAUGUGCUGUCUCUAAAAUUAAGGUUAAUUAUGUUCACAGUUUUAAUUCAUUUUCUUCAGAAUCAAGAAGUCAACUGUAACUUUGUGUCUACAACUGACCAAUCUGCUUGGUUUUGUGCGUUACUUUAACUCAUUAUAUUGUGGUUAUUUGUCGUGUCCCUCCCAAAGUCGUCCACUGAGUCUGUCUCUGUCUCCCCUGUGUUAUUUUCAUCCUUAACGUCUCAGGAAGUCCUAAAUAUGUAAUCACCCAGUUAAAUAUGAAGCAUGUAUUGCAAGUGAAUGUUUACAGUUGAUUUAGAUUGUUGUCAUACAAUACCAAACUACUCAGGGCAUUUUAUUUACUGCACAAAUCUGUGAACAAGCUGUGUGGUUUUUAUACCUAAACAUUAUAUUCCACCUAGACAGGGAGAACUACAAACUGGACCUUGAGGGAAUUUUUAUCUAGUUUUAAAAAUGAAUCUGUAAUUUGGUUGAGCGUUUAUAACUUUAUUUAACAAUACAUACGCCAAAAAUAAGUUUACCAAAUUUCAGAUUUAUUUUUGCAUUAGGCUACUAGAAAACCAUUCCUAAAAGGUUUGUCAUUCUCCCCCCAUACUUUAAACUGCCUUCCUGUUCUCUAACACAUUCCAAACCAUCUGCAUUAAUAAACAUAUGUUACAUGCGCCCAGAUGUGAUUUUUAUUGUUUGGUACUUUCAUCCCCUGAUGAUAUUUGAUAACGAAUCCACUAGAUGGUACUGUCGAACGCACGAAUGCCAAACACAAUGGGCGUUAUGAGCAAGGAUGGACAAUGAUGCCCAUGGAGCAACCUAUCACAUAUCAAAUAUAUCCAAUUGAAAGACUUCCUCUGGGCUCUGGGAGCCAAUGAGGUUCUCUGUGUUAAUGUGCAACAGGGCGUGUUGUCUGUAUUUAAGUUCUUGGCUCUGGACGGAUUACACAGACGAGACACCUCUCACCUGCAGGACAUUCUCACUCACAGCACAUCCCAGCACCAGAAAUCAUCCACAAUGGAUAACAGUAAAAUCAAUGCAGAAGUCAAGAAUUUCAACAAGCAAGGUCUAACAAAGACUAAGACAAAUGAGCAACUCUAUAAACCAACAAAAGAGGACAUUGAGCGGGAGAAGAAAGAACAGCAAGAACAACAACAGAAAGAACAAGAAAAAAAGUAAUGUGAACGGGCCUGCCGUGGCGCCGCUCCUGUAGACCUACUGCUCUUACCUGCUUCGACAUGUAUUAAGAAUCCUGACCAUCACAUCUACUUCUGCCUCUGUUUGUUAUUCUGCCACCUUUGAUCGAUAAUGGGGUUUGGGUUUAGGUACAAUUAUCCUGUUAGUUUAAUAAGAACUGAAAAACCAAAAGAAAAGUAUAAGAUGUGCAUUAGUUACAAAUCAAUCCUGAUCGGUUUUUAUAAGAGAACUAUUGGGAUGGUCCUCGAUAUGCCAGUGAAUGGUCACAUUUAAAGGAAUAACAAAUAAAUUGAUAUUUUUCUUUAAAUAAAA